GGAGAAGUUGUGCAGGGCUGAUCAUUGUGCUGAGGGAUUUUAGAAGUGAUUUUCAGCAGCUCGUUUUGCUUUUCUUUGAGCCUAUGGCACACCAAGCUUACCAACCAGUGCUUCCGUGUGUAAGCAAGUACCUGCAAUACAAAUGGGAUCAGAGCAACUAUGACAUGCACAGGAAAAAGGUGUCUUCAGCAAAAGCAACGAUCAAUGGAACUCCACCUAAAACAUAUGACCACCUAAUCAACAAAACGAAAAAAAAGAAGCUUGAGGAAGACCGCAUGUCCAUAAUUGAGAGAGAUAACCACUUGCUCCUUGAGAAAAUCUCCCACAUCAUGAGGACGACUGGAAGAGUUGACAAUAAAAAUGACUACAUAAGUAGAAGACUCUGCAGUGGGCAAAGGCAACAGAACCUCCUGCGGAUCACUGAGGAGAAUCUGAGAAUACAUCACCGCUUGGCCCAGUGUGGGCCCAACUACAGUGUUCAACUGUGGCAAGAUGACUGGCUCAAGACUACCACGCUAUUGGACAGCAUCAGAAGAUAUCCUCGUGGGAAUCCAGUACAGUCUCUGAAGGUUGAUGCAGGGUCUGCCAAGAGAGGGAUCAGAGGUCCCAAACACACUCAACCUGGACCAGAACAAAACAGUGACAAUACUGCAGUGAAGAAUUAUGACCGUACAGAACCCUGUGUUGUAGUUGAUGUCAGCGGAUCACAAGAGGAAAAGGAAACCGACCACCAGGACCAAGGGAAUGCUGGUAUUCCUGAGCAGGGAACCAGAACUGAGCAAUAAAAACAAAAACAUAAAUA